ACCUCAGAUUCCUUGUUCUUAAAGGCCAAGUUCCUCCUUCUCGGUCGCGGAGAUAAGCUGCGGGAGGGGACUGGCUCCGGCUCCGCACAUGCACACACGCACGCACGCACACCCCGAUAACAGCGAGGAGGGAGGUGGAAGCGAGGGGGCUGCGCGGGGUCACAGCCCGGCCGAGGUGUGGCGGCUGCCGGCAGCCCGAGCCUCCGGCUCCCAGGUUGCUCCUGUUUGCUUACGCCCUACCUGGGGCCCCAGGCGCUGUCUCCGCCCCCCACUCACCCCACCCCUGAGCCCGGGAAAGCCUGGGUGCCCUGCGGAGCGACCGGUGCGGUGCGCGUGUCCCCGACCCCAGACGGCGGCCGUGGGGGAGCCGCCAGCCUGUAGGCGAGGGGAUCGGGCUGCCCCGCCCUCCGCCGGAUUUCUCCGCGGAGGGACCCGCCCGGCGCCCGCCCUUAACCCGCCCGCCCCCAGCAGCGUGAGCCCGAGCAGAAGGCACCGAUCUGCGGAGAUGGAGGCGGCCGGCACCUGGGCGCUGCUGCUCGUCCUGCUGCUACUCCUGCUGAGCCUGCUGCUGCCCGCGAGCCGGGCCGGAGGCCACCUGCCCCCGGGGCCCGCGGUGCUGCCGCUGCUGGGGAACCUCCUGCAGCUGCGACCCGGGGCGCUGUACUCCGGGCUGCUGCGGCUGAGUAAGAAGUACGGGCCGGUGUUCACCGUGCACCUGGGCCCCUGGCGGCGCGUGGUCGUCCUGGUUGGGCACAAGGCUGUGCAGGAGGCCUUGGGAGAUCAGGCUGAGGACUUCAGUGGGCGAGGAACCUUGGCUACGCUGGACCAGACUUUUAACGGUCAUGGGGUUUUCUUUGCCAACGGGGAGCGGUGGAGGCAGCUGAGGAAGUUCACCGUGCUGGCUCUGCGGGACCUGGGCAUGGGGAAGCGAGAAGGCGAGGAGCUGAUCCAGGCGGAAGUCCAGCGACUGGUGGAGGCGUUCCAGGGGACGAAAGGACGUCCGUUUGAUCCCUCCCUGCUGCUGUCCCAGGCCACCUCCAACAUCAUCUGUUUGCUCCUCUUUGACCUCCGCUUCUCCUACGAGGAUGAGGAGUUCCAGGCUGUGAUCCGGGCAGCUGGUGGUACCUUGCUGGGGAUCAGCUCCCCGUGGGGCCAGACCUACGAGAUGUUCUCCUGGCUCCUGAAGCCGCUGCCCGGCCCCCACACACAGCUCCUCCGCCACUUGGGCACCCUGGCCACCUUCACCACCCGGCAGGUGCAGCAGCACCGGGGCAACCUGGAAACCUCAAGACCUGCACGUGACCUUGUGGAUGCCUUCCUGCUGAAGAUGGCACAGGAGGAACAAAACCCAAGCAUGGAAUUCACUGAGAAGAACUUGCUGAUGACGGUCACUUACCUCUUGUUUGCCGGGACAAUGACAAUUGGUGCUACUGUCCGCUAUGCCCUCCUGCUCCUUCUGAAAUAUCCUGAGGUCCAGAAGCAGGUACGGGAGGAGCUGAUGCGGGAGCUGCCCGAAGGCCAGGCGCCGAGCCUGCAGGACCGGGCCCGCCUCCCUUUCACAGACGCAGUUCUGCACGAGGCACAGCGAUUGCUGGCACUGGUGCCCAUGGGCAUGCCCCACAUCAUCACAAGGACCACUUGCUUCCGAGGGUACACGCUGCCCAAGGGCACUGAGGUCUUCCCUCUCCUUGGCUCUGUCCUGCAUGACCCUGCAGUCUUCGAACAGCCAGAGGAGUUCAACCCAGGCCGUUUCCUGGAUACGGAAGGACGGUUCAAGAAACCCAAAGCAUUCCUGCCCUACUCCUUAGGUAAGCGCAUCUGCCUCGGAGAGGGGCUGGCACAAGCAGAGCUCUUCCUCUUCUUCGCCACCAUCCUGCAAGCCUUUUCCCUGGACAGCCCAUGCCCGCCAGACGCCCUGAGCCUCCAGCCAGCUGUCAGCGGCCUCUUCAACAUCCCGCCAGCCUUCCAGCUGCAGGUCCAGCCCGCCGACCUCCAUCCCCCUGUGCAGACCAGAUGAAGGAGGGAGCGUGGGGAGACGGGAGCUGGCCAGGGACAUGCUCAGCCUCAGUGUACGAGGACAGGGUGUGUGUGCAGAGCCCCGGGGCCACCCCAAAGGCAGCCCAGUUACACCUGCAGCUGUUUUCUAGAGGCGCCACGCAGACAGUUGGCCCACGCAGCUGCUGUGACACACAGCCACAAAGUCAUGAGGGCUACAACUGCUGCGUAAGCGUUCUGCAGACGUCAGUGUAGUGCAGUGUGUCUGGAGCCACAAGCAGGGGCCCACGUAACCCACCAACCCAUACACCACACACCGCCCUGUACCCUUAACCCACACGGGGGGUCCAGCUGCCGCCUUCAGAGCCACACAAACAAGCCCACUUGUGCUCACAGCUCACAUGCCCCUUUCAUCCACUGGACUCAGUGCCACUAUCUCUGGACAUCUGCCACAGAGAACAGUGUGACUGCUCCAUCGUGCCACCGUCGGAAGGACUGUCCCUCCCUGUCUGUGGCCCCAACAUGCACCCCUUGCGUGUCCUCGCCACCCUUCAAGCCUGUGAGCACUGCCAGCCACAGCCCCCAGCCACUGAUCCACGCAGCCAGCCCACACGUGACACUGUCCUGCCUCACCUUGGCUUCCCACUGAGACACGCCACUCCAUAGAGACAUGGUCCCCCGGAGACACCCUUUCUAGGCACCCUUUUUCCUCAAAUUUUCCCAAACACAAGCACCUCCUGAUCUGCAGUUGCAUACCCAAACGUUGGACAUGGGACCCUCAGGCCAGAGGAAGCGCAGCCCCACACCUGCUUAGGUAACGGUGCUGAUGGAGGCACCUGUCCCCACCCCCUACAUAUAUACAGCCCCAAGCUCCCUGUGCUGUAUUGAAGUCCCUACUUGACCUCCCGGAAGGGCUGGAGGACCAAGUAAGGGCCAGGUUCCAAUGCCCAGUGCAAGGGAAGAGGCCAGAUCUGACCUUAUGACAUAAAGGUCCUUACUUUGCAAUAAAAGUUGGCUUCUGGCCCCUGGUCUGCCCCAGGGCACGGCCUCAUGUGUAUAUGUGA